GUGUUGAAAGAAAGUACACUCGAUAGAAAACGAAACAUGGACUACCGAAGAAAAUUUUUAACGGCGUUUGGUUUGAUUCUGUUACUGCUCGUUGGAAAAAUUGCAAUUUUUGAUGAAGACAAUGUAGAAGAGAGUCGGGUAGAAGAAUUGGAAAUCAAGUCACUCAAGUUUGAAAAUGAUAUCUGUUCCCUUUAUGAUAACUCUAAAGUAAUUGAUUCUAUGCUUUUUGAAAGAAAGUACAAACCUUUGGUAGUAAUAAUAGCAGCUAACUUGAGUAUUGGUAUAAAUAGAGUUAGAAAUUUAAGUGGGAGCAAAAGAAUAUUAAAUGAUGAUGGGAUCAAUAACAACCCUCAUUACAGUCAGUUAUAUCAAAUUAUAAUGGAAAAUAUCUAUCUAUUCCAAGCAAACGACACAUAUUAUUUUGUUUAUCCAUUAAAAUUAAAAUUACGUUUUUUGACCAUUUAUUGCCAAAAUAAGCUAUUAAAUGACAAUUUAGGAAUUACCUUUGAUUUUGUUAAUGUAAAGAAAGAUUUUCCUUUCUAUGAAGAUAUUUUAAUUUCAUUGGAACCAAGCUGCACCAAUUGCACUCUUGUAAAUUAUGUAAAUGAAAAACUACAAAAAGGUGAAAGAUUCUCAGAAUUAUUGGAGUUACGUAAACAAUUAUUCAGAGAACAAGAAACAAAAAACUUAUCUUUUGGUACAUUCGACGAUAAUGACAACGUAUGUACUUCGAUGGGAUUUAACUUAAAUUCUCAAAACGCGAAUUCUUUAAUGAGUUUUAACUCAUUACUAAAUCAAAUUCAAAGUAAUAGCAAGAGUAUAGCAAAAAUAAAAAAAAGAAUAGUUGAAAAAAGCUUAAUUUGCUUUCAGUCUAGAAAUUCGGAAGCAACAGAACAUCUGCUUUCGAGCUAUGGUAGCGAUUUAAAAAAUGUUACGGUUAUGAUUGAUUAUUUAAAUUGGAUUUAUAGCACUACAUCUUCAUUAAAUAACAGUGAUAUUUCAUUUGGGAUUCUUUGUGAAAAUAAACACAAAAUAGAAAUACUUGACUUAUUUUGUUUUAUGAAGAAAAAAUCAGAUGUUACAUCACACAACGUGACAGCAUGGAUAGAUGCCCUAAAACAACAUGUUGCAAAAACAUUGAAAAGCAAACUAAAAUGGUUUAACAGCUUAAUGUCUUAUUUUAAUUAUGAAUAUACGAUGAGCGAGAAUCAAAUUUUCUACGCACUCAAUUAUCUUAAAAAUGAAAUGUUAACUGUAAGCGAAAAUUGGAGUAAUGUAAUGAAUAUUGCCUAUAAUAAUGUUAAGGAUUCUCUGAGUGCAAAUAAUAAUAACAGCAGACUUAUCAACAAUACAAUCUGCACUAUUUACAAACAUUGGAAAACAAUUAACGAUCUUCUUUUCGAUGUGAAAUUCAAGAGAUUAGUGAUAAUCGUGACAGAUAAUAUAAGACAAGGAAUUAAAACUUUUAACCAAAUAAGAACUAGUAGAAUAGUACCAAAAGUAAAGCGAGAAGAUCUUCAUUAUUCUGAACAGUUUUUGUACGAUUUCAUAAUGAAACAUAUUUAUUUGGUUCAAUCCAAUGAUACUCAUUAUUACGUCUACCCAACGACUACCAGCAGACAAGAAAACCCAUUGAUUGGCUAUUUCGAAUACAAAAUGAUUAAAGAUUAUUCGAAAGUUGAAUUUCUUUUCGUAAACUUUUUGAAUUACUUUUCUCUUGAUGAACAAAUUAUUCUUGAUUAUAAUUAUUUGGUUAUUCCUGCGCUACCAGAUUUUUGUAACAUAACUUCAAGAAACUGUAAGACACGCUUUGUAAAUCCCUCAUAUUUAUUGAAAGUACAUCAAGAAUUUUUUAACCGCUUUCCAAAAUAUUUUUCUUUAUAUGCUUCUUUUUACUUGACAUUGACAGAAUUUAUAAAUAAUCACAAUCCACAGCAUAAAGACAGUUACUAUAUUGAAUACUCUCGAAAAUUUUAUGAAUUUUUGGGACAAAAGCAAAUUUCUUAUAAUAUCAAUUAUUUAUUUAGAGAUUUGCCGUGCUUAUCGUUACGGGAAUUAAAUCUUAGAACGGACAUGGAUUUUAGUAUCACUAAAUUGAACGAUGCUUUGCACUUUGAUGAUCUACUAAUUUCUGCUUAUACGAACAUAAUCUCAAUAAAUAACGGAGACAAUACUAAUUUAAAAUCUCUUUGUAGUAAAAAAGAAAUUUUUAAAUUUCUUAAAUUCUUCUGCUUUUUAAAAAUAAAUUUUAUUGACGACAUGCUAAAAGUUAUUGAUCAAGAAUCUAAUUACAUUUCCAAUAUGAAAAGUAUUGUUGAAAAUGAGGAAAAUGAUAUUAUAAAAUAUUUCUUAAAGACGAUGGGUUGGAUACAAAAACUAUUGUCAAUGAAUAACAAUGAUUAUCAGAAUAAUGAAACUCGAAUGUUUAACGAAUCAGAUGCUCUUUACUCUCAAAUACCAAAAAUUACCUUCAAUGGUGCUGAUUUGUCUAACAAAAUUUAUUCCAUUUUUAAAAACAAUACAAUUUUUUUGCAAUGUCAGAAAUUAGGAUUUGUUGAUACUGAAGAAAUCACCGUAAAUGUAGUUAAUGCGUCAACGAAAAAUUAUUUAGUAUUAAGUGAAAAUAAAACUUCUCCUAAAUUUCAAGAAACAGAUCUUAUUAACCUUUAAAGUGCUAUGCCGGUCUGACAGAUCGCUAUUAAAAUUUUCUUUGCUUGU